AUGGAUUUGGCUACAUCAGCGUCAGCACCGCAGCAACCCCACGAUGGGGCGUCCGAGAACGACAUCCCUUCAUGUCAGGGUUGUCGGCGCCGAAAGCUCCGCUGCUCGCGCGACCAGCCGACGUGCUCUCAUUGUAAACGAUUGGACUCCCCGUGUGUGUAUGACCUGAAGAAGAAUAAGCCGGGUAUCAAACCUGGAGCGGUUGAGAGUUUGAACCGUAGAGUAGAGGUGCUGGAGAAUGCCAUAUUGAACAAAUCUCAUGAGCAGGGAGGAUACUUCUCGAACUCUAAUGGGCAUGCGGAGUCAAGCAGCCUACCAGCGGAGUCCCACAAUGUCGUCGGCAUUCUUUCCCUGCUGGCUCGUGAGUUACAUAAGCUUAACUCCAAGAGCAGAGUCUCUGGCUCUCAAGCAGACACACCGGAGGGUGUCGCCGAUCAUGCAGUUCUGUCCCCUUCAACCUCUAGCUCAUCCAGACGGCACACAGUUGACGGUUUGGAGAUUGUUGCUCAUCCUCAUAACCAACCGCGCAAGCGACGACGCGUAGACAGUUGCGGUAACCCAAAUAUCGACCUUGCUUUUCCCCUUGAAGAUCUUGAAAAUAUCACCACGAGCUUGCCAUCCCCUGAGCUGCUGGAGGACAUUAUCAACAUUCACUUUAACAUCAUUCAGCCAUGGAUUCCCAUCCUUCACGAGACACAAUUCCGCAGACGCGUGCAUGACCCAGAACAACUCCCGCGGUUGGUUGUGGUCCUGCAUGCAAUGGUAGUUGCCGCACUCCGUUUUGUUGACAAUCCCGAAACUCGGUUAUCAGCCCACGAUGUGGAACGCCGGACAGCACGUUCAAGGAACAUUGUGAUUCUUAACGCGAUGGACCAUUUGUCCGUUGAGAACCUCCAGGCAUUGAUCAUAGUGGCUUUUAAUGAUGUAAGUUUUUCAUUCUUAGAGAUUGGUAACGGUGAUGCUUCUAAAGCAUGGUCAAUUGUUGGCUCACUCACCAGGACGGUUGAGUAUCUUCAAUUGAGCAUCGAGUCAGACUUUCGAGACAAAGAGCCUCUCCUCAAACCGUUGCCUUCGAUAGCUCCACCACAAAACUGGACUGAGGAAGAGGAGCGUCGGAGGGUUUUUUGGAACAUUUUUAAUUUGGACAGACAAGAACGAGCGCACGCUAAUCGGUUUAGAUGGAACACGAGUUUGACGUCUGAUGAUGUUUAUCGCAGACUACCCGCUGACGGUGGCCUGUGGCACAAGGAAGAGUCCGUCAUAACACCAUAUUUCGGUAUCUGGGAUCGAUCAGCAGCCAGAAUUGGUAACUCUAUUGCUUUUUUGCCAGCGCACUAUCCCAGCCCAGAACAGACAGCAGAUGCGCCUCCACAAACACCAGUUACCGCAAACCCAAGCAAAGGACCCAACACAGUUGAUAUGACGACAGUAGGAGCCUUUGCUUACUGCAUCGAGGCAACCGAAUCUCUGAGCAGAGUCACUACCUAUUUCCUUCAACAGAAGAUUAAUUUCCAGGACCGGCAAGAAGUUAGCAGCUGGCUCACGAGAUUCAAGGAGUUAGAUCUGCGUCUGGUACAUUGGAAGAUGUUUUUGCCUCAGAAAUGGAAAGAUUCCAACAUCUCUCGCCAACCUGCCCUAAUUAAUAUGGAUCCCAAUCUGACAUUGGCUCACGUUACUCACAACACUUCAAUGAUCCUCCUCCAUCAACGCAUAGCUUACCCAGAAUCUCGAUGGUCAAGCAUCGUAAAACUUCCGAGUUUCUGCAGUGCAGAAACCUGCCAAAUUGCAGCUGUGGAAACGGCAACAAUCACUCAGAAGUACCUUAAGUACACUCCCGAAAAUAGCCCAGCGACAAGUCAGUUUGCGUUUUGUGUAUUCAUCAGUGCAAGGGUUCUCCUAGUUCACUGGCGAUAUUACGAAGCGGACUUGGUUCCGGAAUUUUGGCUUCUAGUUGAAGGCUUGGAGGAAAUGGCGAAGCGCUGGGUCGGCCCCAUUCUUCGAGAGAAGCAUGCUCAGUGCCUUGCAGGCAAGUAUGCAGCUCAACUACGAGAGCUCCAUCAAAAGUGUGAGGCCGAUUCUCGAUACAGCGUAGACGUUCUUGGAUAUUCUAGCGGCAUCAGCGGUCAGGGAUGUAGCCCCUCUGCCCAAACUCCAGGGUUCAGUCACCAGCAAGGUAGUGCGCUUUUCUCGCAGCCAUCGAACAAGGUGGCGCGGCCUCCAACAUCCAGCCCCUUGGCUCCUCAUCAAACAACAGCUACCGCACAGUCGAGACCUGCUCCAGUAUUUACGAACCAGCCGUCGCCGGGGCCGCUUCGUCAGGGAUCAAUUAUUGGCUCCAUGGCGUCGCCGAUUCCCAUCACGGGGUUUACCCCUCGAGAUUCGGAUGCCCCUGAUGAGCUAUCUGCAAUAUCCCAUAUGCUUAUGGACCAAAGAUUUAUAGAAAUGGACCGAAUAAUCAGCUUUGAUGAUAUGAUGUUUACGGCACAGACAGCAAAUUCGGGGAAUACAGGGUUGCCCGUGAACGGUUGGGCUCCGGUUGAUAAUUCAAGGUUGGAGUGA